CCCCACAGUCUUCUGGCUGCCGCUGCCUCCUCUGCUUUUUUUUUUUUUCCUUUUCCCCGAGUCCUUCCGUGGAUAUUUCUCCCAUCUCCACCCCUGAACGCCCAUGGAUCCUGAGGUGUUGAGGGGGAGAUUGUUGGGUGAAGGGGAGUGUGUGUGUUGGGGGGGGUGGGGAGAAGCCACCCCUCCUUCCAGCCACCGACCAUGGGGGAAAAAAGUCUCACUUUGUAUUUACGGAAUAUUUUCAAGAUGUUGGAAGACUCCUCGGCCGCCUGGAGGCUGUUGUUUCCAGGGACCCGAGCCCCCAGCGUGUAUUGUGAUCUUUUUCCCCUCAAGAAGUGGCAGCUGCUUUGCCUCCGCGAACGGAGCAUCAUCUUCAGCGGGCAAUCUCAGCACAACAGGUGUAUGGCGAGAAGAGGGAUAAUAUGGUUAUUCCAGUCCCAGAAGCAGAAAGUAAUAUUGCUUACUAUGAAUCUAUAUAUCCUGGGGAAUUUAAGAUGCCAAAGCAGCUCAUUCACAUACAGCCUUUUAGUUUGGAUGCUGAACAGCCUGAUUAUGAUUUGGAUUCUGAAGAUGAAGUAUUUGUGAAUAAACUGAAAAAGAAAAUGGACAUCUGUCCAUUGCAAUUUGAAGAAAUGAUUGACCGCCUAGAAAAAGGCAGUGGUCAGCAGCCAGUCAGUCUGCAAGAGGCCAAACUACUGCUAAAAGAAGAUGAUGAAUUAAUUAGAGAAGUUUAUGAAUACUGGAUUAAAAAGAGAAAAAACUGUCGAGGGCCAUCUCUUAUUCCAUCAGUAAAACAAGAGAAGCGUGAUGGUUCCAGCACAAAUGAUCCGUAUGUGGCUUUUAGAAGACGCACUGAAAAAAUGCAGACUCGAAAAAAUCGCAAAAAUGAUGAAGCUUCUUAUGAAAAAAUGCUUAAAUUGCGUCGAGAUCUAAGCCGGGCUGUUACUAUUUUAGAGAUGAUAAAAAGAAGAGAAAAGAGUAAACGCGAGCUUUUGCACUUAACACUGGAAAUUAUGGAAAAGAGGUAUAAUUUGGGUGACUACAAUGGUGAGAUCAUGUCUGAGGUCAUGGCACAGAGACAGCACCUGAAACCCACUUACACCAUCCCCAUCAUCCCCAUUGCCAACAGCAGUCAGUUCAAACACCAGGAAGUGAUGGAUGUGAAGGAGUUCAAAGUUCAUAAGCAAGAUAAAGCUGAUCUGAUCCGACCAAAACGGAAAUAUGAAAAGAAGCCCAAAGUCUUACCAUCAUCUGCUGCUGCUACCCCUCAACAGACAAGUCCUGCUUCACUGCCAGUCUUUAAUGCAAAGGAUUUGAAUCAGUAUGACUUUCCUAGCUCGGAUGAAGAGCCUCUCUCCCAGGUUUUGUCGGGCUCUUCAGAAGCUGAGGAGGAGAAUGACCCCGAUGGUCCCUUUGCCUUCCGUAGGAAAGCUGGCUGUCAGUACUAUGCUCCUCACUUAGACCAAACUGGGAAUUGGCCUUGGACUAGUCCUAAAGAUGGAGGAUUAGGGGAUGUGCGCUACAGAUACUGCUUAACUACUCUCACCGUACCCCAGAGGUGUAUUGGAUUUGCACGAAGACGGGUCGGGCGCGGUGGAAGGGUCUUACUGGACAGAGCUCACUCAGACUAUGACAGUGUGUUUCGCCACCUGGAUUUGGAAAUGCUUUCCUCACCACAACCUUCUCCAGUCAAUCAGUUUGCCAAUACCUCAGAAACAAAUACCUCGGACAAACCUUUGUCUAAAGACCUCAGUCAGCUACUAGUCAAUAUUAAAUCAUGUAGAUGGCGGCAUUUUAGGCCUCGGACACCAUCCCUACAUGACGGUGACAAUGACGAACUCUCCUGUAGAAAGCUGUAUAGGAGUAUAUGUCGGACAGGAACAGCACAGCCUGGGACCCAGACAUGCAGUACCUCCACGCAAAGUAAAAGUAGCAGUGGCUCAACACACUUUGCAUUUACAGCCGAACAGUACCAGCAACAUCAACAGCAACUGGCACUAAUGCAGAAACAGCAGCUUGCACAAAUUCAGCAACAACAAGCAAACAGUAAUUCCUCCAGCAACACGUCACAGGGUUUUGUGUCCAAGACUUUGGAUUCUGCUAGUGCUCAGUUUGCUGCUUCUGCUUUGGUGACAUCAGAACAGCUGAUGGGGUUCAAGGUGAAGGAUGAUGUGGUGCUUGGCAUCGGGGUGAAUGGCGUCCUUCCAGCCUCAGGAGUCUACAAGGGCUUACACCUCAGCAGUACUACACCAACAGCACUUGUCCAGAGCAGUCCGUCGACAGCAGGCUCGACCUUGUUACAGCCUUCCAACAGUACACAGACUUCAGGUUCCCACAGUGCGCUGAGUCAUCAAGUAACGGCUGCCAAUUCUGCAACAACUCAGGUUCUGAUUGGGAACAACAUCCGAUUAACUGUCCCUUCGUCAGUUGCCACUGUAAACUCUCUUGCCCCUAUAAACGCACGACACAUACCAAGGACUUUAAGUGCUGUUCCAUCAUCUGCCUUAAAGCUGGCGGCCUCAGCCAACUGUCAAGUCUCCAAGGUUCCGUCCUCAUCCUCCGUAGAUUCAGUUCCAAGGGAAAAUCAUGAAUCAGAAAAGCCAGCACUGAACAACAUAGCAGACAACACAGUAGCGAUGGAGGUGACGUAGCUUCCUCGGGAGCAGGACUCGGCCCGGGGACUUGACUAGGUGCUAUGCAUCGGUAGCAUUGAAUGCAAGGGACGAUGGAAUGCAGCACAUGCGUUUCUGCGGCAGCUGUGGGGACUUGACAGCAGUGCUCAUCUCUCAUGCUUCAGUUUUUCUUUUCUUACUGUUAAUAGGAAAAAAAUCAACAUCUGUAAAUUAAGAAUACAGCAAUUAUCUGUACAGUACUGCAUAUUUGUAAUACCCUUGUAUAUAUGUUACUUGAAUACAGAAAUGUUCAUUUGUGAUGCUUUGCACUUGGGGGUGGGGGGGCGGGAGGGAAAUAAAUUGCAACAAAGAGUGUGAGAUGUGAGAUUGUACAGAGAUGAAGUGUCAUCACAUUACGUGCAUGGUGCGGAACCUGCUGUUUUAUCUAUUUAUUGUGCCGUGUUUACAGUUUUUUGUACACUGUACCUUCAUUGGUUCCUGUGCUGUAGUAAAUGUGUUAGGUAGCCGUGGACUCCUUGGUAUUUUGUAAAUGGUAUAACAUAACUUGGUUCCCCUCUGGGUCCUUGAGUUCUCUGUGUAUCAUGUGAAAAAAAAAAUGGUGACAAACAUACAGAAUUUUACAAAAAAAAAAAAGGCAUCAGUUUUUUUAAAACGGGGAAUGUAUUGUUCCAUGGGGCUCUUCCUGGUCUACUCUGGUUAGGACAAGUAACAAGCUGAAAAUGAAGUCUCUUGAAUCUUCCCAUCCCCACCUGUCCACAUGGCUGUGGGCAGAUUCUGGUACUUAAAGCACUAAUGUUACGUUGCUGCUCUACACACAGCCCAGUAGUCCCAUUUCCUGCCACACCAAAAAGUGUUCAAUCAAGUAUGCAAACGGAGUCCUAACAACUGGAGUUUAUGUUGUCUUGCCCUUUUUUUAGCACAAAAAAAAAAAUUGUACUUUUUUAUUGUCAUUGUUUAAAAGACUUCAUUCUUUACUUGUUCUUACAAAAAAAAAAAAAGGAUAUAAGGGAGAAGAAUGCAGUAAUUGCUGUCCGUGUAUCAUCAUUCCAGUUUCUCAGAACAGCCAGCCAGCUUUUUUUCCUUUUAAGAUUCUCCAGAAGGCUGCAAGGCCAGAACCACAACUAUCGGGUGCCUUCCUUUGGAAAUAUCUGACCUCUCUUCUGUGAAGAGAACGGUACUUACCAGACUACUUCUAGUGCUUUGUCAGUACCGCAGUCUGAAUGCCCAGUCCAAUGGCAUACGGUAUCCUUAAGGUUUGUAAUCCCACCUGGAAAAAAUUGUGAUAGAAUUCUCACAAAAUAAACCCAGGGCAUUACAUGUUGACAAACUAA